AUGCCGUCUCCUUCUCCGUCUCCAGCACGCUCGCCAUCCCCAUUGCGCACGCGCAGCCCAUCUCGCGACAGGUCGCAUACACGAUCACCGAGCCGCUCUCGUUCACCACGCUCGCCAUCGCCACGGCGCUCACUGUCCCCACGGUCUCGGUCGCGUACCCGAUCCCGCUCGCCCACAUCACUGUCUCCCCGGCGCAAUGGCCGGCGCAGCUACACACCAAACACCAGAUCGCGCUCAAGAGGGAGGAGUUACACUCGCAGUCCUACCCCCAGGGAUGCGUCGCCAGCGCCCCGGAGUUCAAAGAUUGUGGUAGAAGCCUUGACCAGAAAUGUCAAAGAGGAUCACAUACGUGAGAUAUUUGGAAAGUACGGCGUCAUCAAAGAUGUCAGGAUGCCCAUGAAUCCCACAUUCAACAUCAAUCGCGGUAUCGCAUACGUACUCUACGAGGAGAUUGACGAAGCCGAGCGUGCAAUCGCAAAGAUGCAUGACGCACAGUUGGACGGUUCCAGAAUCCAAGUCUCCAUCGUGCUCCCUCGACGUCGCUUCUCCCAAACACCUCCCCCAGCCCGGAGAGGCCCACCGCCAGGCGACAGAUUCCAAGACGACUUCGACAGCGGAUAUGGACGCGGCGGACGAGGACCACGAGGAGGAGGCCCACCCGGAGCAUACAGACCACCGCCUAUGGAUGGUCCUCCACGCUACCGCUCUCCACCGCGCCCCGGUCUCCAUCGAGAACUCCGCCAAACCGAGGCUACGGCAGGAGAGAUAGCCCGCCACGAAGAGGUGGCCCUAGCGGCAGCACUGGCGGAGCCAGAGGACGGAGAAGCCCUAGUUACAGCUCCUACGGUAGUGACCGCAGUCGGAGCAGAGACCGCCGAUGAUUACGCUAUUUUCCGGGCUGCAAUGUGUUGGAAGAAGUUACGGUUUACAUGGACGGAGCCCUCACAGGCAGCAUUCAGAGCGUACUGCCAGUUAGGCUUUCUUCGAUCGGAACGUGCAUGGAUAUAUCAGUGA